UUUUUUUGUCUAUAAUCACGCCUUUUCUUGUCCUCAAUGUCCACACACGUAGCUGAUGACUAAUUUUUCUUUAUGCGUUCUUAACUCCAAGCGGUUAGAUAAAUGGUUGACGUGACGCGAUUUCUCGUAAAAUUUUAUUUCUUUAAAUGAUAGUGUUUUUGGUAUUUUUUAUGUGAAAGAGUUUGUGUUUGAGUAAAACAAUCAAAGAUGUAUCACAGAUGUGUGACGUAAACACUUUUACACAUAUUUUUCUAUAGUUCUUUACCGUUCUUCGAUAUCUUUGUAGACGAAGAAACAGUUUAUUUGGAAUUGUACAUUAAAAAUAUACACACGUAUAUUACAGCAAGUGACUUUUACAUACGCUUAUAUAAAUUGUAAAUAUAAAUAACAAUGGUAACAGGUCCAUCUGAACAUGGAAUACAAGCAGAUGUUAUAUUUGUCAUUGAAGGGACAGCUGUUAAUGGAGCAUAUCUCAAUGAUCUUAAAACAAAUUAUCUUAUUCCAACACUGGAAUAUUUUAGUCAAGGUGGCAUAGAAGAUCGGGAAUAUGUCUCUGAAAAUACAACAACAUUAUAUGGGGUAGUUGUUUAUCAUGCUGCUGAUUGUUUGCCAGCACCUUGCACAGAGACUCUUGGACCUUAUUCAAGUCCUCACAAGCUGCUGAUGAUUCUGGAUAAGCUUGAAAUGCUUGGGGGGAAAGGAGAAUGUUUUGCAAAUAUCGGUGAAGGUCUAGCCACAGGAUUACAAUGCUUUGAAGACUUGCAAUUGAGACGAGAACCUAAUACAGCAUCACAGAAGCAUUGUAUCUUGAUAUGCAAUUCACCACCAUAUCAAACUAUGAUUCAGGAAUCUUACAAAUUUGCUGGUCAUACCAUAGAACAAUUAGCUACCAUUUAUCAAGAAAGAAACAUCAAUCUCUCUAUAUUGUCACCUAGAAAGAUUCCAGCGUUGUACAAGUUAUUUGAGAAAGCCGGCGGUGAUUUGCAGUCCUCGCAGACGAAAAACUAUGCCAAAGAUCCGCGACACUUGGUACUUUUGAGAAAUUACAACUUAAAGGAACGACCUGUUAGUCCUCAAAUGGGCGGUAACGUUCACAACACCGCGGCCACCGCGGCACAAAUUCCUUUGAGUCCGUUACAAAGCAACGACAGUCCGAACACAAACCAGGUACAACAGAAUAUCGCCCCGCCGAAUCAACAACAAGGUCCACCUUACAGAAAUCCAACGCCUCAGAAUAUUACUUCUGUGCAUCAAACUGUAACACCAUCUCUGGCUGCGCCAAUGAACGCCGCGCGUCCGAGUUACAAUACUCAAAUAGCUGCGCCACCGAAUUAUCAUGGACCAGGAAUGAACAUAGCCACAAGACCAAGAUGGAUACGACCAUUCAUAGCACCAGGCGCGACCGCACCUGCAAAUACGCAAAGUAGUGCAUUAAUAGCGCAACUGACGCAACCGCCUUCGUCGUUAGGACCACUUAGUGCUGUAGCUGCUUUUAAUCAAAGAUUGGAUGUAACUGGUAAUAACGUUAUAUCGGCGAAUCCUCAACAACAACAGCAGCAACUUACGCCGCAGCAACAACAGUUGCGAUUAACAAUGCAGUUGCAACAGCAACAGCAACAACAACAGCAGCAAAACGCUCAACAAGCCACUAUGUCCGUUCAGCCAACUCAUAGUCAACCAGGGUCACAGUUCACCAUGUCUUGCAUUAGCCAAUCUGUGCCUACUCAAGUGCCACAAACUGUUACAGCUGCGCAACAAGCGCAAGUCUCCGUGUCUUCCAUUACACAACAAACUAAUCCUCAAGCACAAAAUACUGCACCUUCUGUUAUAACUCGUCAAAAUGUCUGGCAAGGUCUUCUAGAAUGGAUCGAAAAACCCAAAAAUGGAGAAGGCCAAACAAAGCAGACAAGACAGGUCCCUGUUCACGUCUCGUGUAAUGUGAGAGACGGAGAACCAGAUGUGAAAACGGAAGCGUGGCCGUCAAAAUUGAUAAUGCAAUUGAUGCCAAAACAACUGAUCGGAAAUAUCGGAAAUGCAUUCUUAAAGAAUUCUAAAUCCGUUCUCUUUCAUCCAACGCCGUGUGAAGCACUGGAAAGUUUGACAAAAAUGAUGUGUUCUGGAUUUGCGGGUUGCGUUCAUUUUACUCCAUCAAGUUGCGACAUAAAAGUGAUUAUACUAUUGUACACUUCGGAGAAAAAAGGUUACCUGGGUUUUAUUCCGACUGAUCAAGUAGGAUUUGUGGAAAAGCUUCGUAAAGUGAUACAGCAACAGAAAAAUAAUCAUCAAGCAGCAACAUCUAAUCAAACUGCCAUGAGACACGGACAACAAGCAAAUCCUGGGCCAGGAAAUACCAUUCCCGCUUCUAUGCCCAGCACAGGUACGCAAAAUAUCCUUAUGUCUCAAACAAAUACUAUGGCGAUGGGCGGAGGUCAGAUAACCCAAAACGUUGUAUCUACCGCAAACGCUCUUCCGCAAACAUUAAGUUCGACUAGUGGACCACAGCAACAAAUAAAUAUGCAGAAUACUGGAAUUAGCGGUCCUCAAACAAACACUGGUGCCGGGACUAUGAUCAACCAGCAACGACCUCCGUUCGACGAUAUAGAGAUGGCUAGACAUCAAAAUUUGUUAAAGAUUCAACAGUUGAGACAAACGUUGGAAGCUGCGCAACAGCAAGAGGCUCAAUACAAGUCUCAAUUAGAAGUUAAUAUUCAGCAAACUUUGGAAGUUGCGCAGCAACAAGAAAUGCAAUAUAAGCAGCAGCUUGAAGCGCAACAGGCACAGAGGGGCCUCAAUCCGGCAGCUAUGUCCAACCAACAAGCAAACACCCAAAGAUUGAUGCGUCCUGUUUCCACAAAUAAUCUUGGUCUUAGGCAUUUACUACAACAGCCUCAACCUCAGUACAGACAGUUUCCAGUGCAACAGUCAAUGGUAGGUCCGAGAGGACAGAUAGCAACGAGGCCGAUAGCACCCGGUAAUGCGCAAAAUCAACAGUUCGAAGAUGUCUCGAAUUAUGACUUUCUUGGAUAAGUUAUUUUAUAUCUUUCUCGGUAUAUGUAUCAAUUAUUAAUUAUAUUUAAAUAUAACGCGUAUAACGAAAAAGUUUUAUAUUUAUGACUAUAAUUAUCUGUAAGAACUGCACACACAUUUAUACACACAUAAAAAUAUGCGUGUAUAAGCGUACAUAAAAACCUUCAAUAAUUCAUUUCGCGAGAACGAAAGGAGCUGAUUAGCUACCCUUCCAAUAGUUGAAGUAGGAGAGUGUAGUACGUAUCGGUAGAAGCUCCUUCUCUUCUCGAAAUGCGAAUUAUUGAAGGCUUUCGUACAAUACAGUAUCAAGUUCUAUAAAAUUUAUAAGUUUGAAUCAUGUAUAUACAUAUAAAUAUAUAGCAAGAAAUUUAUAUAUGGAGAUAUAGAAUAAAUGCAUUUUAAUAAUUGUGUAUACACAAUAGAGAAUUCAUAUCUUUUUACUUUUAACUUAUCGGUACUUCAAGAUCACCUUUUUGUAUAUAUUUUUUACACUUCUCUCGACUUAUUUCACCUAUGGUAUCUCCACUUUUAUUCAAAAACAUGAGCAGAAUGAAAAUGCUACGUGUGCAAUUGCGUAAAGCUAUUGCAUGUGACAAAAUUUUAUUCGUAACUGUGAAGUUGUAAAUUGUAAACAUUGUAAGCAAAUCAAUCUCUGUCACAAGCCAGCAUUUUUUAUGUUCGCGAGAAUUCUGGCAUAUGGAUUAGUUGAUUUGCUUACGACUUUACAUAUACGAUUAGAAUUUUAACAAGUGCAAAAAUCUUAAAAAGCUUUGCAACACCAAAAAGAAACAGUGUAAGUUUUAAUAAUUUUAUUCUUGCGCAUGCUGGAGUAUUUAUGUGCUCGGAAAGAGUCGCAGAAACGGUUGCAAAGCGCGUUAAAUACAUAAAAAAAGAAAAAAGUAAAACAUUUUUAAGCAAGAGUAAAAAACAGCAAAAAUAAAGAAAUAA